CGAACAGAAUAAAUAACAUUGUAUAUUGAAGGGCUACGCAACAGCAGAAAGUCAUUUCAUCAUCAUCAUCUUCGAUUGGUCUCAACAAUGGAGUCGAGUGCAUCAGUUGUAUUGCGAACUGAUUCAAUGGGCCUCCACAACGUCUUCGUUUACGGCAGUCUCCAGGCUGAGGAGGUGGUUAAAGUGCUCCUCAAACGCAUUCCCCGGACUUCUCCGGCCACUCUCAACAACUAUCAUAGGUUUAGCAUUAAAGAGCGAGUGUAUCCUGCGAUUCUACCUGUUGCGGAUAAGAAAGUUACUGGGAAGGUUCUCUCAGAGAUCACAGAUCCUGAACUACUUGUUCUAGAUGCAUUUGAGGACGUUGAGUACGAAAGGCAGACCGUUGAUGUCACGCUGUCGGAUACUUCUGAAAAGCUAAAAGUAUUCGCAUAUGUUUGGCGCAACAGUACUGAUCCAGCCUUAUAUGGAGAGUGGGAUCUUGAGGAAUGGAAAAAAGUACACAUGAAAGAUUUUGUGAAGAUGACCAUGGGUUUUGCGCAAGAACUAGAACAUCCUGAAGCAAAGCCAAGAGUAGAAGCCUAUGAAUCCUUCUAUCAGCAGGACAAAAAGAAAACUCCCUGAAACAGAUUAGAUGCCAAUCUGUAGUAAAUAAGAUCUUCGUUGAGGUUCUUCCGAUGAACCUUUGGGCACCUUACAGUCUGUUAGUUACCUAUUAUUGGUUACAUAAACUAUGUAUUGGAAAGGUAGAUCACAAUAAUGCUGAUUCCUUCCAAAUUAUUUCCGUAAUUAGCCAACUGAUAUUGCAAAACAUUAAUGCGCUGAACUCAGUAAACAAGUUUCUUGUGCAUCUUGUCGUUAGUUCUACUGUUCUAGUUAAGUAUAGACUGGAGAAAAUCAUAUUAAAGUUCUAUAGACAAUCUAAGUUUCUACAUUUUUUUUUCAUUUA